AUGCUAUCCCGCGGCCAACCUUGUCUACGCAGACGGGGUCUAUCAGCCGUCUUAGACAAUGCCGCUGUCGGGCCCGAUGAACCUCUACUCUUCCUUUACCCGCGCUGGGUCACAUCUCGAAGGUCAAUUGCGACGAUAAACCGUGUUACCGCUGCUCGGGCAGCUUCUGCAUUUGCGAGAUGUCUGCGCGGUUCGUCUAAUAUUCUUCCUUCGAGACAGAAUCCUUCGCCGCGGGGGUCAUCGUGGGGUUGUUCUCCGUUGCGAUGGAUGUCAUCUAGCGCCACACUGAGAAAUGAUCGGUCUGAACAACCGACGGAGCUAUCGGACAAGGAAUAUUACUCUGAUGCAAAAGCGUCAAGGACAACAAGUGAAGAUACGGAUACGACAAUAGGACGCAGUAGGGUUCGAGCUCCGAUCGACCAGGCGACUGCAAAGACGAAUAGUGGGAGGUCAUUCAAUGUAUUCGCCGAUAUCGAGUCCGAUCGUUCGCCAUUGAUUCAGUGGGAAGAAAAGGGAAAGAAAGUGCUUGCUACUGGCAAAACCCACACACGCCCGUUGGUGGCGGCUCGAGAGAGGCGGAAGAGGUUGACGAACAGAGAUCAGAGGAAGCUCUUAUAUCGGUCAUAUUUAAAAGAGCUAGGCGAGGAAACUGGAAAAACGCAGAAAUGGGGAUUGAUGGAUAGCACCCAGAAAAUGCUGGAGCGUAUCCAGGAGAAUACACCCACGUUGACAUUGAAAGGACCGAAAAACAAAGUGAUGUUAAUACCGGAGGAAACGGUGGCCUUGCUUUCGGGCAUUAACGAGAUGGCGAUGAAGGAGAAUAUUUGGUAUGUGCCGGUUCAUAACGGGUGUAGGGUCCACAUAUUGUCCCCGAGCCAAAGCGUGGGACGCCAUCGCAAAGCAAUCAUCUCCGGGUCCCCACGGGUUGUGGAUUUGGUUAGCGAACGGAUUGUGCGUGCGCAUCGUCUGCAAGAUUCUGGUGACCCUUUGGUCGACAUCAGAAAACCGGUUGUUCCAGUGUUCCCAUCGAUAGAGGCCAUGAGACAGAAGAAUGUUCAAGUCCCACUGGUCCGCGGGGUUUGGGACUUUUAUGAGAGCAAGAACUCCCCCAUGCCCAUUGAGGCUGUUCUGGAUACCGAAAGACCGACAACCGUCAGGGAAUUCUUAGAGCAUAUUGAGGAUCUGCUGGCAUCUAGAACGUCGGGUCCUUAUCGCAGACAGGAGAAUCAGACGCGCCGGCAAACUCCACACAACCUAAGAAUCCUCAGAACUCUCUCACAACUAUUUUUGAGCGAUGAAAACCAGAGGAUUCUUUCGACCGCAGCGUUGAAUAGUACGCUGUCUUUUUUCUGUCAACAUGAGUAUAUGAAAGCCUGCCGGCAGGUUCUUCUUCGGUGCGAACAUCUCGCAACGGUGGAUACGUUCAAUAUCCUCUUAAGAGCGUGUGCACGGCGACAGGAUUUCCGCAUAUUUCGCCAUCUCUUGAUUUCCAUGUCUCGACUGCAAAUUCGACCGGACGCGAACACAUGGGUUGCGCUCCUCGAGUGCCAUGUGAGCCCUAAUGCGAAAGCGGGCCUAUUCAUGUACAUGAUGCGGAAAGGCCAUCUUUCUCAAAUUGGACCCAUGCGGACAGCCUUACAAACAGCUGUUCAGGAUACACUGGUUUUACAUCUCGAGGGUGGACACAGCAUUGAUUCGUAUAUUGCGCUGUUCCAGAAUACCCACGGAGCCAAUUGGUUCUCCCCGUCGUUGAUCAACAAAAUGUUCAAUGCUACUGUCGAACUCAAGAACUUUCCCGCCUUGAAUCGGUUGCUUGAGAUCUGUGAUGAGCAUGGUGUCAGUAUCGACAGCUCAACUAUGCUCCGGAUCCUCCCGAUCUGCCGCGCGAAUAUCUAUGCGGCCCUUUUGUACGUCUUUCGAUACAUCACUCGUCAGGGGUUUCGAAUGGACAAGGAAGCGCAAAUAUGGGAGAGGCUCUUCUUGAUCGCUUACAAGGGCCGGUGCUACAACAUUUGCCGCGUGAUAUGGAGAUACGCAUGCAUGAACGGGGCAGUCACCAAUAAAAUGAAGAUGUCCGUUCUCAGCUCAAUGACAACGAACGUCUCGAAGAAGAAAACGAAUCUCGUUGAUAUCCUCUGGCGCUCUAACGCGGGCAAGAUCAUCGUCGGGGUUGAUUCGCAUUUGAGCGAAUACCCCUCUGCCGGCGACAUCUUGAAGCUUACUCCUACCAAGUUCCACUCUAACCCGGUUCAGUUCCUGAUGACAGGGUUCCAACAAGGAAAAGAGCGCGAGCGACAGCUGAUGUUGGCAACGGCGCUAGUCCGCCGUGAUAUCGAACUUGGUCGUCGAUACCGGCCUACGCAGCCAUUGUCUACCAUGCUGGACGCGGCAGCGCUGUUCGAUCUUGAAUGGAAGGGCGUUCCACGGCCACCUGAAUGGAUGGUGCAGCAUGCUAUCCAGGUGCCUGUGGAAUGGAAAGGUUAUCUUAGAUCCAGCUGA